AUGGACCGAGAGCGCACGUACGCAGAUGGAAGCUACUGUGGUGUCAGCCGGCUGCGACAGGAGUUGCUUCAUUAUCGAAGCCGAGGCCGCUGCCGUAUCAACGGCUCUUUCCUGGCACCGACACUCUCUUCCAUAGGCGGGCGAGGUACUUAUCGUCGUCGACGGCGGGCUCCAGCCCUGGGCCUUCCAAAAUGGCGGUCUGGUCCACGGAAUCGCAGGUUCGAAUGGGACGGGAACCAAUUUGUUCAGUCGCAAUUCUCCGAAUGGGCUCGAAAGUACUGUCCCAGAGGUGCUGCGACGCUGUCGGAUCUGAGCGGACUGGGACUCUUGCGAUCUGAUGUUCAAGAGGUCUACGAUUCGACUGCGACAUGUAUCAGCGACCAAAUCAUGCGACAGGUCCGAUGUGCGAAGCUCUUUGACGCGCUACCGGCAAAUCGUCCUAGUGAAAUCACCCUUUUGGUGCUUCAACACUCCUGA